GACGAUCUCCUAGCUGGCCGCCAAGGGUUAUGCUCCUGUCGAAAACUGUCUCGGCAUUCCCCUACGAAAAAAAGGCGGACACCGCACGCUCGCGGAUUUGAGCUCUAGCCCCUCUCUCCCGCAACCCUGGCUGGGCAUGCAGCUCCUGCAAGUGGCAUCCUUGGGGCCCCUUAUCCCAUACACCUCACUCCUAGUUUGAGAUAUCCCCAUUCUCUUGUCCACCUCUUGUCGCAUUGAUACCCCGGAAGCCAUGCGUUACUUCUCCGACCUUGACCACGAGCAGUUCGCCCAUCUAUCCUUGCCCGACAUAGAACUCGACAAUCUCUCUACGACUUCCGCCCCGAGUCUGCGGUCCAAGAGGAUACGCUCUUCCAGGUUUGCCCCAGGCUACUACCACGGAGACAAGUUGAAGAGGCGAUCGUCGCGACGACCCUCAUUUUACGCCAAUCUGCCCGACAAGAUCCGGCGUCAACACCUGACAACCGAGGAGCAGAUUGUUGUCGCCAGACUCCGGAGACAGCAUAACUGCAGGUCGGUCUCGGCCAGCGACGCGGAACGAAGCGACACUAGCCGGCCAGGCUCCUACGUGGCCCCUUAUCAGGCCCACCACGCCAUGGCCGCCCUCGAGGGCCGCUCUCGGACUACCGAUAAUCAUAAUGUGCCGAGUUCCUUCUAUGAAAGCUUCAGGUGGUUGGACGAGGACCAGGACCUAGAUCUCAGCCUCCGACUGGACGACUACCAUGCCAACCUGCAGCGAGAUCUCCCACCGUCGAACAAGUCGCGCCGUCCAUCUUUCCGCCGACACUUGUCCAUAAACAAAAUUCCAUUCGGGCGGCCCCCUUUCUCUAGUAGCCGACCCGGCACGACUCACACCACAACGCCCAUAUCUCCGCAGCCUGCGUUUGCGAACCCCUUUACCCAGACCCCGGCGACUACACACCUGCGCCGCAAGUCACGGGCCCUGUCGUUGAUUUCCCCUAAGCAUAGCCCGCAGGAGAGUAUUUCCGGUUUCGAUCCCGCUGCCGCCCAUUACCAGGACCCGGAAGCUCGGUUGAAGCUAAAACUGUACCUCGCGUCGCCCCAAAAGUUCGACGAAGCUCUUCAAUUCGGAUUCCCCGCCGCAGACAACGCAACUGCCGCACGGUCUUCCAAGGACGAGGGGCCGAGAAAUCAUCCCGCAACAGAACGGUCUUCUGCGUCGGACGAGCGGGACAAGGGGUGCACCUUUCUGGCCGACGACCGUUCGUCCGUCUGCAGCGACGACGGGUCGGUGGGAGACCCGGAAUCGCCCAAGACGCCUCAGAUCUCGGAACAGGUGCUGGGUCGCCCGCUUCGAGUGCACACGGACCUGAAGGGUCUGUCGAAACCGUCCAUCGACUGCGGCAGCGCCUCUAGGGAGAUGACGCUGCGCAUGACGUUGACGAGGCCCGACCUCCGGGCGAACGAGGAGCAGAUCUACGGUUGGCAGAAAGACAACAGCAAAGAUGCCCAGCCCGGCCGGAACUCCCCGACCAGGUUAUUACGCGACGAGCACAACGCGGUGCCGUCCGAUGCUUCCAAGGACGGCAUUGAGAAGCAGCUGGCCGCUAUGGAUGCGUGGGAUACCCAGGGAAGCGAGUCGGGGGUGAUGAAGCGCUUCUGGAACAGGGUGAGGCGCGUUCAGUAAAACCGGGGAUGGGAUCUAACGGGGCGACCAUAUCUGUCGACACCUCAUGAGGGUCAACAAUUCAUCUCACAUCCUAUAUGGCGUUUUAUAUCAUGAAUCUCUCAUCGUCACAGCGAACUUUAGCGUCACGACAUGAUUACUCUCACUUUCUUUUGCACUAUAUUUAUUGUAUUAUAUCGAUCUAUAUAUCAUUCUCCUUUCCGCCUUUUUUUUUUUU